AUGGAGGAGGAAAUGGAGGGACAGAAGAGCGCUGAGGGGUUUGAGAGCACGGGAGGAAGGGGGAGAAUAGGAAGUAUCGGAGUGGUAGAGGAAUUGGCGAAAAGGAAGAGAGAGGAAUUGGAGAAUAGUUGGGAGCAGAUUUUCCAAAAAAGUAGUAAAACGGAAAGAUCGUCACCGAGGAAAAAAGGGACGGACACGACGUUAGAAGAGGUCAGGGAUGCGCUGUUGGAUAUAAAGAGGGAGGUGAGAGAUCAGGGGAAGAGACUGGGGCAGGAGCUGGAGGAUUUGAAAAGGGAAUUCAGAGAACAGAUGAAGGAGGGAAGGGAAGAGAGGGAAGUACUAAGAGCUGAGAUAGAGAAAAUAGAGAAAAGGGUUAUAGAGUUGGAAAAAAGUGGGGGAAAUGGGAAAAGUAGUGAAAAGAAAGGAGGGAAGGAGGGGGACGAGAUUUUAAAGAAUAGAUUAAAGAGUAUAGAAAGAAAGUUGGAACUAAAAGAAAGGGAGAAGAGGAGAAGAAAUAUAAUAGUAAGGGGAUUGAAAGUGGAAGGGGAAAACAGGAGAGAAAAGGUAGAAGAACUUAUGAGGGAAAUAGGAGUAGAAGUAGACAUUUUAGAAACUAAAAAGAUAGGAGAAGAUAGAGAGAAAGGGAGAGAGAUGGUAUGGGUCAAAUUAAGAGAUGAAGAACAGAGAGGUAAGAUUUUAGAGAAGAAGAGUAAACUGAAAGGGAAAAAAGAGAGAAUAGGUGAGGAUUUAACAUGGAGGGAGAGGAAAAUGAAAUGGAAAUUAGAGGAAAUAGCGAGAGAAGAGGAGAAGGAGGGGAAGACAGUAUGGAUAAGAUAUGGGAGAAUUAGAAUAGAUAAUAUAUGGUGGAGAUGGGACGAGGAUGAAGAGGUGUUAAGGGAUGGUAACGGGAAUGUGAAAGAGUUAAAAAAAGGACUAUAG